AUGCUGAGUCCCAAUGUUUGCCUUGCUACGGUAACCGCUGUGGCGGUCUGCGUGGCGCACGUGACGACAGCCCAAUCGUCGGCAGGUGUGAGGGCCAUUUGCUACAGUGUAGGCGAGUGCCACGUGAACGGGUCGGCGGCCAAGAUGUGUGACCGCACAAAGAAGGAGUGCCACCAGUGUCUCGGUGAAAGAGAGAGCGACUCGCUCUUGGUCAUGUUACAGGAGGCAACCGAGUACAACUGCUAUGAUGUCAAGACCAAUGGAAAAUGUCCAAAGGGCACGACCAAGUGUUCUGCAGCACUGAAGAUGGAAGACGAAGAAAAGGAAGUAAAGCGAGAGGAGCAGCGAGAGGAGCAGCGAGAGGAGCAGCAAGAGGAGCAGCAAGAGGAAAAAACGUCAGGGUCUGCGGAGGAUGACAGUCCGUACCAGCACAUUUUGUCCAAUACGUCCAGCUUUGCCGAGCCGGGUUCGACUCUCUCCGGCAGCGACUCAGACGAGGUGACCCGCUCUCGUACGAAACCUGAGCGUGCGACAUCGCUUUUUCUCACUGACUCGUCCAGCAAUGGUUCUGCUACGAGUAGACAGAAGAAACUUACGUCAGAGAAGACGACAGGAUCAAUUUUCAAGGGAUCGCCGUCGUCGAGCGGCAAUGACUCAGCUGAAGAAACGCCCAAGGCCUCUGCUAGCAGCAGUUCUGGGUCUUCGCCCAAGGCUUCUUCAGCUACAAAGAAGGACUCUGUACUGCAGAACUCUUUUGGAGGAUUUGAUUCGGAGGAAGACCUCAGCAGUGUAGGCGCGACAGUGGCCCCGGUCGUUAAGGCACCGAAAGCUCAGUCCACCAUACAGGACACGGCACUCAGUGAGAAAACCACUUUGUCAACGCCCACAUUCGAGCGUAGUUCGGGUGACGACAUCGACUAUGGCUUGAUUCUUGGUGUCGUCGGAGGUGCUACUGCGAUAGCGGCCAUCGUCGCUAUUGUCGUUCGAAGAAAAGCAAAGGCUGGCGAGGACCCGGACGAUGGAGCAGCAGCAUUCUCUCCUAACAUGCCGGUCACAACCCGUAAACCGACUGCACUGCCAUCUGUAUCGUCUGCAACUACGUCGUAUUCAGCUGAGAUGGACUGCUAUGGAAGCAACGAUCUCGAGUACCAGUAUGACACUGAUCAUCACGUCAACCAUUACGGUGACAACUUCGGUGACCGCCACUUCCCAGGUGCCACAGCAACGCAUCACACUGGUGGUAAAAGCGGUGGAAUGGUUCCUGCGAAUUAUGGCAACCCGUUUCCCGUCGAUAACGAUGACAAAGACGACAUUUCGCGCCGUACAGACAGCAUUCUGGGCGGGACUGGUGUCAUGGUUAGCACCAGAUCGAGCCUGUAUAAUUCCUUCGAGUUCACCGCCGGGACAGCUCCAUCGAACUAUGCAGCCAGCUUUGCGACGAGCUAUGCCACGAGCCGUGCAACGAGCUAUGCAUCGAGCGAUGCCACGAGCGAUGCUGGCCAGGAUCUACGGUACAGUGAGGAUGAAAACCAGCUGAAGCACGGGGCCAGCACUGCGUCCGUGGAGUUUUAG